ACCGCUCCCUCCGCUGUUCCACGUCGCUAGCAGCAGCAGCCACCUCCUCGUCGUGCUGCCCUCCUCUGGCUUCUCUGGUACGCUCUUCCCCUCCCCUCCCCUCCCCUCCCCUCGCUCCGACCAUACCACCGGGCGCGGGUCGCGCCAAGCUAGGAGGCGGGAGCCCGCGGGCGCAAUAAUGGGGCUCUCCGGCGCGAUGAUCUCCGCGCCGCUCGGCUGCCGCGGUCUACCGCGCGGGGUUGUCGGCGGCGGCGGAACCGGGCUGAGAGCGGAGGCGGAGAGGUUGCGUCGGGCGGGGCGUCGUCUCGGCGGCGGGACGGCGAGGUGCGUGGCGACGGAGAAGCACGACGAGAAGGCGGGAGGGGUCGCGGUCGGGGUGGAGUUCGCGGACGAAGAGGACUACCGCAAGGGCGGCGGCGGCGAGCUGCUCUACGUGCAAAUGCAGGCCACCAAGCCCAUGGAGAGCCAGUCCAAGAUCGCCUCCAAGCUAUUGCCCAUAUCUGGUGAAAAUUCAAUACUUGAUUUGGUUAUCAUUGGCUGUGGUCCUGCUGGCUUAUCUCUCGCUGCAGAAUCAGCUAAGAAAGGGCUCUCCGUUGGCCUCAUUGGCCCAGACCUUCCAUUCACGAACAACUACGGUGUGUGGGAGGAUGAAUUCAAAGAUCUCGGCCUAGAGAGCUGUAUUGAGCAUGUCUGGAAGGAUACUAUCGUCUACCUAGACAGAAACAAGCCGAUACUGAUUGGCCGUUCUUAUGGCAGGGUGCACCGUGACUUGCUACAUGAGGAGUUGCUGAGAAGAUGCUAUGAAGCUGGAGUUACAUAUCUCAACUCGAAGGUGGACAAGAUCAUAGAAUCUCCAGAUGGCCAUAGAGUAGUCUGUUGUGAAAGGGGCCGAGAGAUACUUUGCAAGCUUGCCAUUGUUGCUUCCGGGGCAGCAUCUGGUAGGCUUCUAGAGUACGAGGUUGGGGGUCCACGUGUUUGUGUGCAGACUGCAUAUGGAGUAGAAGUUGAGGUGGAAAACAAUCCAUAUGAUCCCAGCUUAAUGGUUUUUAUGGACUACAGAGAUUGUUUCAAAGAGAAAUUCUCACACUCUGAACAAGAAAAUCCCACUUUCCUGUAUGCUAUGCCCAUGUCAUCCACACGAGUUUUCUUCGAGGAAACAUGCUUAGCUUCUAAAGAUGCGUUGCCCUUUGAUCUACUUAAGAAGAGGUUGAUGUAUCGGUUGGAUGCAAUGGGAGUUCGUAUCCUAAAAGUUUACGAGGAGGAAUGGUCCUAUAUUCCUGUUGGAGGGUCCUUACCGAACACAGAUCAGAAAAAUCUUGCAUUUGGUGCUGCAGCAAGUAUGGUGCAUCCUGCAACCGGAUACUCAGUGGUCAGAUCUUUAUCUGAAGCUCCGAGAUAUGCUUCUGUAAUAUCUGAUAUCUUAAGGAACCGAGUUUCUACACAAUAUUUGCCAGGAAGUUCUCAAAAUUACAGUCCAUCAAUGCUCGCAUGGGGAACUCUAUGGCCUCUAGAAAGGAAACGUCAACGCGCAUUCUUCCUUUUUGGAUUGGCACUGAUAAUCCAACUGGAUAACGAAGGAAUACAAACAUUCUUCGAAACCUUUUUCCGGGUGCCGAGAUGGAUGUGGCAAGGAUUCUUGGGAUCAACUCUUUCAUCGGUGGAUCUCAUACUAUUUUCAUUCUACAUGUUUACAAUAGCGCCAAAUCAGUUGCGAAUGAACCUCGUCAAACAUCUCCUCUCUGACCCGACCGGCUCAACAAUGAUCAAGACCUACCUGACCUUGUAAAACCAUUUCACCAGUCUGCAAAGAACGCUAGAAACUGUACAGUUUUGUAGUUGUACAUAACUUAGAGGGGAUCUGGGGGUUACUUUUUUCUUUUCCUUUGAGGCCGGAUCUCUUGCUUACCUAGCAUCCUAUAAUACACUUCAAGUUUUUAAUGUUUGCUAUGGUGAUGAGAUCGAAUUUUCAGAAGGGAAGCACAUGGUGCGUGCUGGAAGAACAAUUAGGGAAAUCAACUGAUGGUCAUGGUUCCUGUAUUGGCCAUUUUUAGGUUUUCUGUCUGUUGUUUCUGUUUCCUUCCCUGUUUAUACCGUUUCAAGGUUUUCUACA